AGGCAUCCUACACAUUACAUGCUUUUGGCAUUCUCAUCAGCAUUCGCGCACGGAUUACAAUAAUGUUCUUCAUUAUGCGGAAAUGUAAUUUGGAAGAAAACAUCUGUGGUAUGAUAUUAUUCUUGUGUACUCUAUUACUCAGCUUUAGUCGAGCGAAUCUUCUUCGAGAUAGAUAUUUCUCGCAACCAUUCCAAAACUCGAGACGUGCAUACUCGUGCACUCCUAUCGAUUCAGCAUCAUUGGAUGCAUUCGGGUCAACUAUCGCGUGCGUAUUGAAAUUUGCAUCAAUGAAAAGUGAUGCGUCUGGACCACCGAGUAAUAUACCAUCACCCACAUAUGUCAAAGUGUCGGCGCCUCUGUUAUAUAAGCCUUUACCAAGAACGUCUUCUCUGGUUUACAUUGCGCCACCCAUUGUCAAAUCUGCAUCUGCUAUUGUAGCUACUGAACCAAAGUCGUUGGAAAAGGAUAUCCAGAAUAUGGCGUAUCCCAAAUAUUCCUUUAAUUACGGCGUGAUCGAUGGAUAUACCGGUGACUCCAAAUCAGCGUGGGAAGAACGAGACGGAGAUGCAGUUAAAGGAGAAUAUUCGGUUGUUGAAGCAGAUGGGACUAUUCGUACUGUUUCUUAUACAGCAGAUGAUCGUAAUGGUUUUAACGCGGUUGUAACUAGAAGCGAACCUCCAAAGAACGCAAGAUCUGCAGCCGAAAUAAAAACAUUUAUACCCGGUGCCGAAUUUACAAACGACAGGCAUAAAAUUUAACAUAUUAACUUAAUCUCUGCUAAUUUUCUUUUCAUACAAAACAUAUAUUUUUUUUAGAUAAAUAUUUUGCAUAUAUUGAUAGCUUUUUAUAAUGUAUCAAAUAUUAUUAUAUGUUUUUUUUAAAUUUUAGGGUGGUUCUUUUAUGUAUGUAAUAUAUAUUUAAUCUAUAUUUUAUAUAUAUAUAUAUAUAUAUAUAUAUAUAUAUAUAAUAUAAAUAUACUUAAAUAUAUUAUACAGUGUACUCGAGAAAUCGUAUUACAAUCGAGAAAAAGGUGUUUUUUUUUUUAUAAAAAUAAAUAAAAAAUUUAGAAUAAAAUAUGAAGCUUUAAGAGCGUUUUUGAGAGAAUUAAAAAAUUGAUAAUAACUUUCUUUAAACUUUAUAUUUCUUAAUAAUCUUCCAAUUUUUAAAAUCAAACUUUUCGAGAAUAACGCAUUGUAUAUAAUUCUAUAUAUUUACGAUUUAUUUUUCCAUAAGGGGAAUUAUGUAUUAUGUAUGUAAAGUUGUUAUAAUUAAGUUUUUUUUCUGUAUUAUGGUGUAUAAUUUUUUUACCUUUUUGU